AUGAGGCGCGGCUCGGGCUCAUCUUUGGCGCGCGCACAAAGCGGCAUUCCCACGGGCUCCAGUGGCGACGGCACGGCUACGUUAGGGGGCGGCGCUGGCAGCUUCAGCUUCAACCCGAGUGGUGCACCCUCGUCGGCCACGGCCACUGCCUUCCCCUCCUUCUCCUUCUCCAGCACGCCACCCUCUUCUUCUUCUUCUGCUCUCCCCGCCUUUUCCUUUGCCCCGUCAGCGUCAGCCUCGCAGGCUUCUCCUUCAUCACCGGCGCCGCCGCCCGCGUCGUCGUUCACGUUCGUCGGUCACAACCCCCAGCCCCAGCCUCAUGAGGCCCAGCCGCAGCAGCGAGCAGCGCAGAUCGGGCCGCCUUCGCCCUACGCGCACGCGGCGCCUGGCGGCGGCGUCGGGCCAUCAUCGCCCGCAGCAGCGGCCGGCGCGGAGCAACCGUGGGAGCCCACCUUCAAGCGCGAGCACAAGGACGAGUCGCCCGUCGGCAACCUCCUCCGCAGCACCACCGCGAUUCUCAACAAGAUCGGUCCGCGCAACUUUGACUCGAUGGUGCGCGAGCUGGCCGAACAUGUGACCGGGCGCUGCGUGCACGACGGCAGACAGGGCGUGUGCGGGAACGGCAUCGCGGGCGUGCAGCAGCUGGAGAUGUUCAGCCGCGUCAUCUUCGAGAAGGCCCUCGAGGAGCCCAACUUCAGCGACGUCUACGCCCACGUCUGCCGCGCCAUCUCGCCCCUCUGCCCACGCUUCGACGACGCCACCUUUGAGUUCUUUAUGAGCUCCAUGUGCGAUGGUGAGGUGGUUGAUUACCUGGAGUUUGAGGAUGAUGAGGAGGACACGGACGACGAAGGCGACGACGGCGACGACGACGGCGAAGCGGCGGCCCAGCUCAAGCAGCAUAUCCUGGAGCGCAAGGCCGAGUUCCGGCGGCGGCUGCUGGGCAACCUAAAGUUCGCGUCGGAGCUGUACAACUGCGGCAUGCUGUCGACCGGCGACCUGCUCGACAUGGUCGACUACGUCGUCGACCACGCCGAGCUGUGCUGCUACUUCAUGCGCCACGCCGGCCGCAUGCUCGACUUCCGCACCGACGACGCCGUCGAGCACGGCCGAGUCCAGCCGCCUUUCUACGCAUCGCGCGAGGAAGCGAAUGAUGCCAAGCCGUACAUAGACAGUAUCUACGCGCGGCUCGCAAAGAACCUGGAAGACCACAAGUUGCCCACUCGCAUCAGUUUCAUGAUCCAGGACCUGCUGGAGGAGCGCAACAACCACUGGGAGAAGGUGCCGCCCAGUGCGCCGCAGCCGGCCGCCGAAGACCCGCCCCGCAGGCCUCCCAUCACCGUGCGCCGUUCCCUCGCCGGCAAGCCGCCAGGCCCCGGCGCCGCCACUUCUCCGCCCACAUCGCGCGCUGCCCACGCCGCAGCCGCAGCCGCACCGGCCUCGCCAGCUCGCCCCGCCAACGUACCGACCCAGCCGCAGUCGCCGCAGUCUCCUGCGCAGGCGAGAGCGCCCGCUGCUGCGACUACGACGGCGACGAUGGAGUCCAAGCGCGAGCAGGUGCGGCUCAUCGCCGGCUCGAUCGUGCGGUCCCUUAAGGAGGCGCUGCAGUGGGCCGACGACAACGAGCGGCGGAUGGACGCGCAGCCGGGCAUGCGCACCGUGGCGCGGGUGGAGGAGCUCAACCGCGCGUUCCUCAUCCGGGUGAGCGAGGCCCUCGAGCGCAUGCAGCGCCAGCACGGCGAGGUGCCCUUCCUGCAGAACCUGAUCGCCGUCAUCGCCGCCUACGCGCGGGACACGGCCAAGACCGGCGGCGAGCGCGGACCCUACCAGCCGGCCAACAUCGCGCGGCUCAAGGGCACGCUGGCCGACCGGGUGGCCCAGGUCGAGCAGGUCAUCAACCAGUCCUCGAGCGCCCAACCGGCGGGAGGUGCCACGUCAGCACCACGACCCGCGGCGGCUGCUGCCCCGGCGGCGGCGGGAGCGACGAUUGGUCAUCAGCAGCCUCCGCCGCUGGCGGCGGCGAGUGCGCUCGCGCGGCCGCCGGGGCCGGCGACCGGUGCGAUGGGCGCGGGACCGCCGCGGGAGGUGCAGCGAGCGCCUGCACACGCGCCAGCGCCGGCGCCCGCAGAGCUGCCGCCCGGCUGGGUCGACCCCGAUCUGCACCAAUUGACCGCAGGCCAGCCACUCGACAGGCUGCUCCGCCGAUGGGAGGAGGAGCUGGUCGCCAAAGCUGCCGAUCUCGAUCGCCGCGCGAAGGCGGUGGCCUCCUUCGACAGGGUCUGCGUGGGGCUCGAUCGCUCGAUGGCGGAACUGGUGACCAACAUCGACCAAGUGACCAUCGCCCAGACCGAGGUCGACCAGGGACUUGACCUCAUCCUACGACACCAAGAGAGCUUUUACGCGAUCCUAUGCGACCUGCAGGAGGAGGCGGAGGCCACGCUCACCGAGGGCGACGCCGACCGCCAGCGAGAGCGGAGCUACGACUCGGCGAAGGAGGUGGACAAGGGACUCCACGACGUGGAGCUCACACUCAAGGGCCUGGUCGAGGACUUCAACAGCCAGCUCGUGCAACGACGGACCACCCAGGAGCAAAAGGUGGUGGAGUUGGAGGAGAUCCUGAACAACAGCCUGCACGCUCUGCAGUGGAUGUCCGCCACCGGCAGUUGCCUGGAGCGAAAGCUGCGACGCCUCCAACGAGUCGAGACCGACCCAACCUACGCCGCGUAG